ACAAACAUAAUCUAUAUAUAAAUAUGUAUAGGUAUAGAGAUAAUAGAUGUGAAUGUUGUCAUUGUAGAAGACUCUUCAAAACUUUUCUCUGCGCGCAAGUGUCAAUAAUCCACUACUCUUAAAUGUUAACGGAAGGGGAAUUGGGGACAAAUGCUGUACUAACUGCACCUUUAUCAUUGGAGGGAGAGGAUUCGGAAGCCAAUAAUGGAUCGCCCAAUCUACUUCAACGCAUUUUCUGUCUGUUGAGCAGUGUGCAACCAGGAUCUGAUCUCAUACGCCUUCAGCUGCCACCGCUAUUCAACCUUCCGAAGUCACAGCUUCAAUGCUAUGGAGAAUCAGUGUAUUGCAUUAAUACUGAUUUGUUAAGCAAGUGCAACCAUGGGGAAAGCCCUCUCGACAGAAUCAUAUCUGUUAUUGCUUGGAGCAUAUCCACCUUGCGUCCUUUGACCUUUGGUUUGGCUCCCUACAAUCCUGUUCUUGGAGAGACUCAUCAUGUCUCGCGGGGUACUCUUAAUGUGCUUCUGGAACAGGUGUCGCAUCAUCCUCCAGUGACUGCACUUCAUGCUACCGAUGAGAAAGCAAGCAUCGAAUUGAUAUGGUGUCAUUCACCCAUUCCGAAGUUCUGUGGCACUCAUAUUGAAACUGAGGUGCAUGGGGUACGACAGUUGAAUCUCCUUGAUAAGAAUGAAACUUAUGCAAUGAACUCACCAAAGCUUGUGAUAAGAUUUUUACCUGUUCCUGGGGUUGAAUGGUUGGGCAACACUAUAAUUCGAUGUAAAGAAACUGGCCUUGAAGCAGAGCUUUGUUAUAGAGGCAGCUCAUAUUUUCCACGUCGAUCAAUACACAGGUCGAUUAAAGGAAAGAUCUUUCAGUCAUCGUUAUCACAGACCAUUUACGAGAUUAAUGGCCACUGGGACAGAGCUGUCACCAUCAAAGAUGUUUCCAAUGAAAGAGUCACAACCAUCUACAAUGCAAAUGAAGUGCUUUCAGGACUGAAGACUCCUGUAGUCGAAGACCCAAAGGAUGUUCUGCCAAGCGAAUCAGCAGUAAUAUGGGCCCAGGUGAGCCAAGCUAUUCUACAGAAAUGCUGGGAGAAAGCGAGGAAAGCAAAGACUGUGGUCGAGGAGAAGCAGAGAGAGGUUGCAAAAGAAAGAAAGCUAAAAGAUGAAAAUUGGGUUCCUAAGCAUUUCACGGUAUCUCACAGCAAGGAAAAUGGAUGGGAAUGCUUACCGAAUGUCAAGUUGGUUCCCCCAGCUCCAAUUGUUGUUACUCCCUGAUCAUCUGGAAAUACUGUAAACUAAAUACUAAAUCUAUGUUUUCCACUUUCUCCUUGAUUUUCGGAGUUAAUGUCAACCAUAGCAAAUAAUCUUCCCAUAAGGUUAUGUGAGUUCGGUAAACAGUACCCUGAAUUUCAAGACCUUAGUUUUCUUCUUUUCAA